CUACGUGUCAGCCUGUCAGAGCAGCCGUCUUCGUUUUCGUUUCUCGUUUGCCGACGGACUAGCUUUCCUGUUGGCUUUUUUUCGCUAUCGAUAGUCUUGUGAAAAGUCUACUGCCCGUGGAACGAAAAAUCCUCGGGUGCGAUAAAAUGCAUAUCUGGUGACUGUUGUGAGAAUUAUUCGCAUUACUGAGUGAAAAAGAAAACAUAUUUGCGGUGGCCGCAGUCCGGUGUGAAGCGAAGGAGGAGAAAAAAACGAGAUAAAAUGAAUCGUUCAUCCAAGAUAAACUAUCGAAAGACAGCCGGCUAUUCGAGUCUCAUUACGUUCGCCGUGCUGCUGCUGGCCUGGCUGUGCGGAUUCUCCAGCCGUCUGUUUGCCGUUAUCCGGUUCGAAAGCAUCAUUCAUGAGUUCGAUCCUUGGUUUAACUACCGUGCCACCGCACACAUGGUGGAGAAUGGUUUCUACAAGUUCCUGAACUGGUUCGACGAAUCGGCCUGGUAUCCGUUGGGUCGUAUCGUCGGCGGAACUGUUUACCCAGGGUUGAUGAUUACCUCCGGUGGGAUUCACUGGUUGCUGCACAUGUUGAACAUUCCGGUACAUAUUCGGGACAUCUGUGUCUUUCUGGCACCGAUAUUCAGUGGACUGACAGCUAUUUCCACGUAUCUGCUGACCAAGGAGCUGUGGUCUGCCGGUGCUGGGCUGUUUGCGGCUAGCUUUAUUGCGAUUGUUCCUGGAUACAUUAGCCGAUCGGUGGCUGGUUCGUACGAUAAUGAGGGUAUUGCUAUCUUUGCCCUUCAAUUUACCUACUUUCUGUGGGUAAAAGCGGUUAAAACUGGCAGUGUUUACUGGGCGGUUUGUUCUGCCCUAUCUUACUUCUACAUGGUGUCGGCCUGGGGCGGCUAUGUUUUUAUUAUCAACUUGAUUCCGCUGCACGUUUUUGUGCUGCUCGUUAUGGGUCGUUAUUCACCUAAACUGUUCACCUCGUAUACCACUUUUUACAUUCUUGGGUUAAUUUUAUCCAUGCAAAUUCCUUUCGUUGGGUUCCAACCGAUUCGUACCAGUGAACACAUGGCCGCCUCUGGCGUAUUUUUACUUCUGUUCGCUGUUGCUGCCCUCAAGCAUUUGCAGACAGUACUAUCGAAGCAGGAAUUCAAGAAAUUGUUUAUUAUUGGUGGUUUGGCUGCCGCAGGGCUUGUGUUUACCGGUGUCGUUCUACUGACGGUGCUGGGUGUGAUUGCACCCUGGAGCGGACGAUUCUACUCGCUGUGGGAUACGGGUUAUGCAAAAAUUCACAUUCCGAUUAUCGCCUCCGUAUCGGAACAUCAACCUACAACUUGGUUCUCGUUCUUUUUCGACCUGCACAUUCUGGUUUGCACGUUCCCCGUCGGUCUCUGGUACUGCAUCAAAAAGAUCAACGACGAACGGGUCUUCGUGAUCCUUUACGCCCUCAGUGCGGUCUACUUUGCCGGUGUGAUGGUCCGACUGAUGUUGACGUUGACGCCCGUCGUAUGCAUUCUGGCUGGUGUUGCAUUUUCUGGUUUGCUCGAAGUGUUCUUGAAGGAGGAUGCUAACCCGAACAACAAGGAUGGAAAUGAUUCCGAACAGGAUGAAACUGUUGGCGGUGAGAAGAAGCAACUUUAUGACAAGGCAGGAAAGAUGAAGCACCGUAAGCAUGACAGCUCAUCGCAUGCAGCUCACGGUGAGCAGAGCGUCGGAAUGGGAUCCAAUGUCAAGAGUAUCAUAAUUGUUACCGUACUGAUGCUGUUAAUGAUGUUUGCCGUACACUGCACCUGGGUCACAUCGAACGCGUAUAGCAGUCCGUCCAUUGUACUGGCAUUCUACAACAGCAACGACGGCACACGCAACAUCUUGGACGACUUCCGUGAGGCAUACUACUGGCUGUGGCAGAACACUGCUCCGGAUGCGCGCGUCAUGUCCUGGUGGGACUAUGGGUACCAGAUAGCGGGUAUGGCAAAUCGGACCACUCUGGUGGAUAACAAUACGUGGAACAACAGUCACAUUGCACUGGUCGGGAAGGCAAUGUCCUCACCGGAGGAUAAGGCGUACGAGAUCAUGACUUCGCUGGAUGUUGACUACGUGCUGGUUAUUUUCGGAGGCGUCAUUGGCUACAGCGGAGACGACAUCAACAAAUUCCUCUGGAUGGUGAGGAUAGCCGAAGGGGAACACCCGAAGGAUAUCCGCGAGAGUGAUUACUUCACCGAUCGGGGCGAGUUUAGGAUCGAUGCUGAGGGAGCUCCAGCCCUACUGAACUGUCUGAUGUAUAAACUAAGUUACUACAAGUUUGGUGAGCUGAAGCUGGAUUACAGAGGUCCCGCUGGCUAUGACCGUACCCGAAACGCCGUCAUCGGAAACAAGGACUUCGAGCUUACAUAUCUGGAGGAGGCGUACACUAGCGAGCACUGGCUGGUGCGCAUCUAUCGGGUGAAAAAACCACACGAAUUCAAUCGACCGACCGUCAAGCCGGACGAUCGAAUUGUGCCGGCCGGUGACUUUGUAUCCCGCAAGACCUCCAAGAGAAGGAAAGGUCUGAUCAAGAAUCGCCCCGUCGUAGUAAAGGGCAAACGGAAUAAAUAGGUUGAGCUGUUGAACUAAAGAACAUCUACCGAGAGAGUGGUGACAGUAGAGGGAAUGUGUCUCUGUCGGUGUCUCUUAACAGUGUAUCGUAGAGUUUUCUCAAUCUGUAAAAUUUGUUUCAACUGCAUCAGUUUCUAGCAAUGUUUCCUCUUUAAAUACAGGCUAGUUUAAUGGACAUUUUUAUCUUGUUUUGACUUUGAAAAGUUGUGGUAGGAAAUGAAGCUACACCUCAAUCGAAUUACAUUAGAUUGUCGAUACUACGCUAGACUUGAGGAACCGCUUUCGUUAAUUUGUUAGCCAUUCUCGCGUCUCUCGUAUCUUUUCUGAUCUUGUGUAGUAAUUAUUAUCGUAAGUUUAGAAGCUCACAACCUACCGAAUGAAGGCUGUUUAUGAAAACUGUAUGUGUGUGUCAAGAAAAUGCAAUUAUUAUUUGCUAGUUUACAUCAGUUCGGGUUUCCGUUUCCAUCAUACAAUAAAAUACAUGCAUCUGUAUCACGGAUAUCGACUCCGCCGCCUCCGUGCGAGAGGGAAAUGUCAAACCAGACUUGUAGCACCAGAGUCACUUGUGGAGAGAUGAGCAAAGCGCGCGUAGGAUAAAUUACAGUUUCAAUGAAUAAACAAAUAAAAUAAAAUUCUGAAAAUAA